CCGGGCUCAGCAUCCUAAUUAAACUGCCAAGCUACCUGCCAACUUGCCAAAUGCCAAGAGCAGCAAGGAGCAGAAGGCAGGCUGCUCUCGAGCAAGGACCAAAAUUCCAAGUAGGCAGUAUCUAUAGGUGGCAUCCAGAGGAGAGGGAGCAAUGAAUGGUUCGUUGGGAUAUAAUCGAGGUGAAGCUAUAGGGUGGAGAUUAUAGCAAAUUGGUAUUGCAAAAGCUUCUGGUAGUGCAUCAACGCCUUAUGAUACAGCGCAGAAGUGAAUCAUCAUCAUACAUGGAGUUCCCCACAGGGGCAAUGGCCGCAGUCAUCCCUAAGCUGAGCAAGCUGCUCAUGGAAGAGUAUGGACUACAAAAUAGUGUGAAGGAGGGGAUCACAUUUCUCAAUUCUGAGCUUGAGAGCAUGCAAGCUGAGGUUGACAAGAUCUCAAAGGUGCCACUAGAUCAACUUGACAGUCAAAUCAAGAUUUGGGCUAGAGAUGUUCGGGAGCUAUCUUAUGACAUCGAGGACAAUGUUGAUACAUUCAUGCUAUGUGUCGAUGAUCUUGAGGCACGCAAGAAGCAUGACUUCACAUGGUUAAUUGACAAGUAUUGUAAGUCAUUGUCUGAGCUAAAGAUCCACCACAAAAUAGCCAAUGAUAUCAAACAUGACAUUAUCCCAGUAAAGGAAGUUGUGGAACGACAUGAUAGGUAUAAUGCUGAUGAUGUUGAUUCUAAGCUUCCAACAAUUAUAGACCCUCGCAUCUUGAAACUUUAUGACAAUGUCACCAAGCCUGUUGGUGUUGACAAGGCAAGUGGUGAUCUAAUUAAGAAGUUGUCCAUGGAGACCGAUCAGUCAUCCCAGAAGCUCAAGAUGAUAUCAGUUGUUGGAUUUGGAGGAUUGGGCAAGACAACUCUUGCCAAAGAAGUUUUUGGCAUGCUUAGAGUGCAAUUUAGCUAUGCUUGUUUUGUUUCAGUGGGUCGGAAACCUGAUAUAAAGAAAGUUUUGAAGAGCAUCCUGAUUGAAGUUAAUAAGCAGAAGCACAUGUCCGAUCUAGCAAAACUAAGCGAAAGACAUCUGAUUGAUGAGAUCCGAGAAUAUCUCGAAAACAGGAGGUAUUUGGUUGUUUUGGAUGACAUAUGGGAGAUAUCCACAUGGGAUAUUAUUAAAUGUGCUAUCGUAGAUAGUAAUUGCGGAAGUAGAGUAAUUGCAACUACUCGUAUUUCCCAAGUUGCUGAAGAAGUUGGUGAUAUUUAUAACAUGGAGCCACUUUCUGAUGAUAAUUCCAAAAGAUUAUUCAAUAGAAGAAUAUUUGGUGCUGACUGCAUAGGUACAACUAAUAAUCAAUCAAUUGAGGCAAUGGAAAAGGUAUUAAAGAAAUGUGGUGGUGUUCCAUUGUCUAUUAUUACAAUAGCUAGUUUGUUGGUUGAUAAACCUCUAGAGGAUUGGUCUAACGUGUUUGACUCAAUUGGUUUUCGGCUAGAAGAUAAUGAUGGUUUUCAGAACACGAGGAAGAUACUAUCUUUUAGCUUCUAUGAUAUGCCUUCAUACCUAAAGAAUUGUUUGUUGCACCUAAGAAUUUUCCCCGAAGAUUGUUUGAUUGAGAAAGAGUCUUUGAUAUGGAAAUGGAUAGCCGAAGGCUUCGUACAUGUGGAACAAGGAAAAGGGUUAUUUGAGGUCGGUGAAAGAUACUUCACUGAGCUUAUUAACAAAAGCAUGAUCCAACCAAUGGAUUUCAACAAUUAUGAGGGCACCUUGGAUGGUUGCCGCAUCCACGACAUGGUUUUGGACCUCAUCCGCAUCAUUUCAACUGAAGAAAACUCUACAACAGUUUUGGAUAGAAUGCAUGAAGAGCACAACACAUCUCUAGUGAGCAGAAAUGUCCGUAGGUUAGCACUGCAUAUUAGUUGGAAUCAAGAUAUAGACAAUAACCUUCCUGUGGACAUGGCACGUCUCAGGUCAUUCAAUGCCUUUGAGUGUCCUACAAGCAUGAUGCCUCCACUUCUGGACUUCCAUGCUCUACGUGUGCUAGCACUGGAAGAUUGUGAUAUCACCGGAGGUUACUUUCUCAAGCAUCUUGGGAACCUACGACAGUUGAGGUAUCUAGGAAUGAGAAACACUGGUAAAGUUGAGCUCCCACAGGAAAUUGGGAAUCUUAGGCACUUGCAAACAUUGGAUGUCAGGGACAGUUUUCUUGAUGCACUUCCCGUAACUGUUUAUGAACUAAGCAAGCUGCUAUGCUUAUGCAUGGACUCAUUCACUGAAGUUCCUGCUGGGCUCGGGAAUCUGAAGUCCCUACAAGAGCUUCGGGUCUAUGUAUCGGAUGACAGCUGCCCAAACUUUGCUGCGGAGCUGCUCAAACUAACUGAUCUGAAAAUUCUCCACAUUAAUUGGUAUUGGGAAGUAGACGAGGUCUCGCUGAAGGAUUUGGUGGAGUCUCUCCGCAGCCUGCGUGGAAUCGAGGACCUAGAUUUUUUUUCCUGUUCAGAUGCUGAGAUGAGUGGCUGGGAAGGUUGGGAGCCUCCCCGGCAGCUGCGCAGGUUCUCUAUAGACAGUGUCCGUGUCACCCUGCCACGGUUGCCGUCGUGGGUGAACUCCACUUGCGUCCCACAUCUCUCCCACCUGGACCUUCGAGUGAAGGCCAUGGAGAUGCAGGACCUUGAAGCCCUCGCGAGAAUAUCAGAGCUCCGCUUCCUCUCUGUGAAUGUCGAAGCAGGAUUUUCAUGGACCGUCCCCGGCGGCGGAUUAUUCCCAAACCUGAGGCGUUGCCACACGGACAUUGCGCUCACAUUUUUGCAUGGGGCGAUGCCGAUGCUCAUGGAGAUUGAAUUGUGUGUGGUGGCAUCCGGGGGUGGUGCCACCAGCUAUGACGUUGGCUUGGGGAACCUCUUACUCCUGAAGACCGUGGAAGUUUGGAUAGCUUGUGAGGGUGCGACGGCCAGUCAGGUAGAGGAAGCAGAGGCGGUGCUGAGGCAUGCUGUUGAUGUGCACCCCAACCGUCCCACCUUUGAUUUGCACCAGUUUAACCGAUAUUGGCUGAUAAAGGAAGACAAAGAAGAUGGUGAUGAUGAGGAUAUUUCAGCAACCGACCAAGAGCAUGACAGUUGUGUGAUGAAGGAGGCAAAGAGGACACGGCUUUCAGAUUAAUUGGCGAAAAUAAACACACCCUUGCACCGGCGAGAGGAGGAGCUCCUGCUCGGCAGCAGGGCGGAGGAGCUCCCUUCUCCGGUGAGCCAUUUUCUGGGCCAGCGUCAAGGAUGGGGGCGCCGAGCCAGCUGGCGAGGUGACAGGCAGGCGGCGGGGCGAAGGAGGCAGUGGCGGGGUAGAGGUCCCGGCGGCCUAGUUAUUAGGACCGGACCGGACCGACGGUCCGACCGGAAAAAACCGAAACCGGAGCCCCCACCGGUUUGGUUUGAUUAAAAGACCGUAUGUGAACCGGCAGUUUUUCCUUGGUAAACCGCUAAAGAACCGGCACUCACGUGGGCGCGUGGCAACCCUCCCAACUAGCAGGCUUUAGAGAACCGAGCGUUGCUCGGUUGGCUAGCAUCGCUGGUGAGCGAGCAGCCCGCGCGGGUUCGAUCCCUGGGAUCAUCACCCGCUCGUCUCACCGGGAUUUAUUCCCAAAUAAAUUUCCAGCUCUCCCGUGCCAGCGCCACAAUGGUAGAGUGACGUCCUCGUCACACACAAGGUCCUUAGGUUCCUUAGGUGGUUUUGUGUAUCUCAUUAGCACGUGUGUGUAUAGUUGAUAGGUCUAGCAUGCGUUUAGGGGUGUGUGUGUGGAGUGUGUGUGCGUGGUGGAGUGCGUUUGCACGUAUGUUCAGAUACUACAGCUUGUACUCAAAGUGGAGAGCUCUCAAAAAAAAAAAACUAGCAGGUUUUAAUUAAAUGAAAUAAAAAGGCUCCGGCAUGGUUCGAACCCAUGGCCUGUGCUUUGGAGGGAAGGUUCCUUGCCACUAAGCUA